AUGAACAAAAAAGUUAUGAGUGACGUUUUUAAAUUUGCAGACACAAAGAAAGUAGGACCACACUGCUUAGAAACAGGAAAAAAAAAAUAUCCAUGUUUUUAUUGUGAUGAAAAGUUGACAACUUUGUCACGGCAUUAUAAAAGCAAACAUGCAGAAGAGGCGAUUGUUCAGGAGAUCAAACAAUAUGAGCCAUCAAGACGACUCAAGGGACAAAAAAUCACUGAUAAUCAAAAGUAUACUGAUUACUUAUAUUCGUAUCUUAGAAAAGCCGCAAUUUUAAAACACAAUUUGCAAGCUGAUUUUAAUGACCAGUUUCAUAUAGCAAGAACACGACGUGAAUCGGACGAAGAUCGAACUGUUUCGAUGUAUGAGUUAUGUACCACGUGCAGUGGCUUUUACGCUAAAAGUUACUAUCAUAAGCAUGUAAAAAAAUGUACAAAUAACACCAAAAGCACAUUACAAGCUCGAAUAGAAGGUAAUGCAGCUAUUGGUAAAAAAUCUGCUUCUAUUAAAGAACAUUUACAGAAAGUACUUUUAAAUUUAAGAAAAGGAGCAAUUAAGGAUAUUAUAGAAGAAGAUGAUGUUAUCAUAACGUUUGGAAACGGACUAAGUUACAAACAUCGGCAUCAUUAUCACCAAGGUGACAUGAUUCGUGCAAGACUGAGAUGUACUGCUAGAUUUCUAACAAUUUUAAGAAACAUUAGUAAUAACACUGUGAAAAGUUAUGCCGACUUUUUUAAACCUGAACACUUAGACUAUCUUUUUCCAGCAAUUAAUGAAAUUGGUCAGUAUAAUCAAGUAACCGAUUUAUAUGACGUCCCUGCUACGGCUGCAGCUGCAGGAGCUUAUGUUAACGAAUUGUGCGAUACCUAUAUUGGUAUGUGCAUUAAAGCUAAGGACCAAAGUGCAUGUGAUGACGCAAUGAAAUUUAUGCACCUGUACAAAACAGAUUACAAUAAAUAUGUGACAAAAAGUGUUGCAGAAUCGACAGUUGAAAUGCAGCGUAACAAUAAAGUUGAAUUGCCAACGGAAGAAGAUUUAAGAUUAUUUUAUACUUCUAUUACUAGUAGAAGAGAUGAACUUAUUGAUGACUUGAAAAAUAAUGGAUUUAAUAUGACCAAAUGGAUAGAAUUAGGCGAAGUAACUACGAUUCACUUAGUAAUGUUUAGUAGUCGCAGAGUAGGAGAAACAGAGAGACUAAAAAAAGGAAAUUUUGCAAAAAUAGAGCGUUUAGAGUCAAACAACAAUGGAUCUAGAAAACUUUCUUAUGAAGAAAUAGAGUUUCUACAAAGUUUCCGUCGAAUACUAAUCCGCGGUAAACUAAAUCGAACUGUUCCUCUAUUAAUGAUAGACAAAGAUGAAGAGGCAAUCAAUUUGUAUAUGUCUUUUUUCAAGGUAGAAGAAGCUAACGUGGACAAAAACAAUCCAUACGUUUUCGCACUUCCGCACUUUUCGCACAAGCUUGAUCAAGAAUUUGAGAGGAACAUUAUUUAG